AUGGGCCGCGAGUUUGGGAACCUAACGCGGAUGCGGCAUGUGAUCACCUACGGCUUGUCGCCCUUCGAACAGCGCGCCUUCCCGAACUACUUCAGCAAGGGCAUCCCCAACGUGCUGCGCCGCAUCCAGGCGUCCGUCCUGCGCGUGGUGCCCCCAUUUGUAGUGUUUUACCUUGUCUACACUUGGGGGAACGAGGAGUUUGAGAAGUCCAAGAGGAAGAAUCCAGCCACCUAUGAAAAUGACAAGUGA